CAUAACCCUCGUCCCUCUCUCUCUCUCGCCCCUCGGCCGAGUUCUCGCCUCUUCGCCACGCCUUUCCUCCGGCGACGAAUCCCUGCGGCGAAACAGCAGCGACGAUGCAGCAGGCGGCAGGAGGCGCUGAUUCCCAGCAGCAGCAGCAGCAGCAAUGGGUGGCGAUGCAGUACCCGCCGGCGGCGGCCAUGGUGAUGCCGCAUCAGAUGGUGGCGGCGGUGCCGCCGCCACCGCCUCCGCAGUACUCGCAGCACUUUUUGUCGUACCACCAGCCGCCUCCGCCGCAGCACCACCAGCACCAGGCCGGGGCGGCGGCGGGGGAGGAGAACAAGACGAUCUGGGUGGGGGACCUGCACUACUGGAUGGAAGAGAACUACCUCCACAGCUGCUUCGGCCACACCGGCGAGGUGGUCUCUAUUAAAGUUAUCCGCAAUAAACAAACUGGACAGUCAGAGGGAUAUGGUUUUGUAGAGUUUUAUACACGUGCAGCAGCUGAAAAAGUACUUCAGAACUUUGUUGGUCAUAUAAUGCCCAACACUGAUCAGCCUUUUAGGUUAAAUUGGGCAUCAUUUAGCAUGGGUGAUAGGCGUUCAGAUGUUGCUUCUGACCACUCGAUAUUUGUAGGAGAUCUAGCUGCUGAUGUUACUGAUGCAAUGCUGCAAGAAACUUUUGCUAGUAAGUACCCAUCUGUAAAAGGUGCAAAAGUUGUUAUUGAUGCAAAUACUGGCCGUUCAAAGGGUUAUGGAUUUGUAAGAUUUGGUAAUGAUAACGAGAAGACACUUGCCAUGACUGAAAUGAAUGGUGUAUACUGCUCUAGUAGGCCCAUGCGCAUUGGUCCUGCAACCCCCAGAAAGUCAUCUGGUGGAUCUGGAAAUAGUGCAUCUGGACAAUCAGAUGGAGAUUCAACUAACACAACAGUUUUUGUUGGAGGACUGGACCCAAAUGUCAGUGAAGAUGAUCUCAGGCAAGCCUUUUCUCAGUAUGGUGAGAUUGCCUCUGUGAAAAUUCCAGUUGGAAAACAAUGUGGAUUUGUGCAAUUUGUUCAGAGAAACAAUGCUCAAGAAGCAUUGCAGGCGUUGAAUGGAACAGUUAUCGGGAAGCAGCAGGUUCGUCUUUCAUGGGGUCGUAACCCUGCAAACAAACAGUUAAGAGGUGAUCAUGGUAAUCAAUGGAACAAUUUUUACUAUGGAGCACCAUUCUACAAUGGAUAUGGGUAUGCUGCGCCAUUUCCAGACCCAACCAUGUAUGCUGCUGCUUAUGGGGCUUAUUCCUUCAAUGGAAACCAACAACAAGUGAACUGAUUUGGAUAUCACAAUCAAAACUGGCUUAAUUGCACUGAGUGACUGAUAAAAGGUAGAUGACUUUAGGAGAGCUAGUAGGUUGACUGGUAAUGUAACAUAAUCCGGAUUUAGCACUUCCCUAGUCACCCAUUUUCAUCUAAGAUUUUUGCCAUUCUUUUUUAUAAAUUUUGACUCGGUGAUGAAAGUAAACUAGAUUUUUUUAAGCCGUGAUUAUGUGCUUCAAUUUUAUAUGUUGUUUUAAGAUGCUUUAUAUGCACGAUAACAAAAUUAACUUAUAAAAUUAAGUUCUUGGA